AAGGGGUCGGAGUCGGCGGGCGGCCGCACCAGUGCGCAGGUUUGCUGCCUCCGCGCGAUGGCGCCCGCGGACGGCCGCGCCGCGGAGUCGGGCUCCGUCGAGCACGGCCGCGGCGCUGGCGUGCUCUACUGCAGGCUGGUCGUCCGCGGGGUGGUCCGGGCGACGGAGGCGGCGGUGGUCGACCUCGGGGCCGAGCAGACCAUCGUGGCCUGCCCCGCCGCGUGUGCGCCAGCCCGCUCGGGCGGUUGGGCGGAGCCCGCGGAGGAGCCCGCCCUCGGGAACCACGCGUGCCCCUGCGCCGGAGGCGGACCGUGUGCCGUGGUCUUCUACUGCCUGGACGCCGCGGCGCUGCUGACCGCGGGCAUCCCCGAGGCCCUGAGGUUCAGGGGCGCCGACGGUGCGCCGGCCGUGCCCGACGCGGACGCCCUCCGCGACCUCUUCAGGGGUCCAGCAGAGGGAGACGCCACAUGGAUGUGUGCGCUGCUGGAACAGGAUGGCGAACGAACAACGCAACAAACCCAUAUCCGUAGGGGGAUCGGAGUGCGGGUUGUCAGACCCCAGGAGGCUCCCGUUCGAGCAGGUGCCCCCGUCCGACAAAACGCUCCCAUGGACCCCUCCGUCCCCCUAUGGGUAUGUGUGUGUUUAGUCGCAGGAGGCGGCUGCGGCUCCCUACCGGGAGGUCAGGUUCGGUGCCUCGCAGGAGCUGUUCCUGCGAAACAGCGUCGUGGUGAUCCUCGGCUUCUGCCGCCCUGGGCCCUGUUUUGGAGGACGGAGGCGCGCGCAACAGGUGUCGCGCUCAAUCUAGCAUCAGAGUGCUUCAACAUAGGACGGAGAGCGCAGCAGUUCGACCUCGUCAUAGACGCCUGCACAGAGCCUGGUACGCGCAGACAGCGCGUACAAAUGGAACUCAGAAUCGCCAACGACCGUUAGUAAGCUAGAGAGGCUUGAAGUCACGAGUGGGCUGCGCCAACCCAAGCUUCGGGAAAGAGGAGAAACCAGAUGCGAGCGGA